GUGGGUUGGACGUGUAGUGUCAGCUCAGAAAAUAGCCACUAACAUGUUUGAAAUAUAAAUUUUUGCGUGUUGAAAUACGGAGUCGCGACAGGUAACUCGCCUUCAUCGUUAAGUUUCUACCUGGACAAGAUUAGCCGGCUAAUUUAGCUAGGUUAACUUUGGUUUUCAGUCACGUUAGUAUUCUUCGAACAGCUCUGUGGUAUAUAUUUUUUUAGGUUUAGCUGGGCACCUUAACAGAGGAUGCUGGAGUCAAUAAAAGUAACAGAGAGGCUUCACUGGCCAGAAGUAGAAAUGUCCAAAAAGUACAUCUUAAACUCUUCCAACAAGGCACUGAGUCCAAGCCAAGUAUACCUGGAGAAGAUUUCUUCCAGUGUCCUUGAAGACCUCUUCAGCUCUGGCUCCAGCAGCUUCAGCAUACUGCGGCAGGCUGAGGAGGACGAGUGGGAGAAGCCAAAGCAGUCCCUGUACAAGAGGCCAAAAACAUCCGUGAAAUGUGGUGCCACACUUGGUAGACGAAACCACGCGGGCAUGGCUUUUAAAAAGGUGCAUGUUCAAGAAGGUGGCCGAAAGCCUGCACAGACAAACUGCGUCCUCUCCAGUUUCCCCAAACCAGCACGGAACAUCGCAGUAGUGGGCAAAACGAUGGGCCUGACCCCUCGUACAGUUCCACAGCUCAGGAAGAUGUGCGUCUCCAACUCACCUCGCACCAAACUUCCCUCACUGCACAAAGCGACAAUCACACGGGAAGUGGAAAACGCCAAGAAGCUCUGCAUCCUUACUGCCAUCAAGCCAUCUAAUGUGGAGAAGGAGAAGGCCAAGUUUUUCAAGUCGGAGUUCUGCUACAACCCGCAGUUUGAGUACAGCAACCCCGUCUCUCCGCUUGUUUUGGCACGGCAUAAUAACGCCUCAGAUCGCUUCCUGACACAGGCCGUGCACAUCAUGGAGCUCGCCCUGCAGCGAUAUGGCAGCUAUGAGAAGUUUGAGAAGGUCACUGGAGGCAACCUCCUCACCAAGAGUCGCAUCUGGCAGAAUGUCAAGAAAUACAUGGAGAAGGAAGGAUGCAUGGGGGAGAUCGUGGUCCAGGUGACAGAUGACCUCUUGUCCAGAGCCUCCAUGACAGUCGUGAACAGCAGACCCACACUCACCAUCAACAUCUCCACUGCACGGGAGCACUGGCUGGAGGGCAUGCUCAGGCAUGAGAUUGGCACACAUUAUUUCCGCGGCAUCAACAACUGCCAUCAGCCGUGGAGCAGCAGCGUGGGCAGGAAGAAGCACAACCUGAAGCCCCUGAACCCCACAGAGGAGGGCCUGGCCAGCAUCCACAGCGUCCUGUUCAGGAAAGACCCCACUCUGUGGCGCGCUGCCCUGCUCUACUACACCGUCUACCAGGCCAGCCACAUGUCCUUCUCUCAGCUCUUCCACGACUUGGGACGCUUCGUCCAGGACCCCAACACCCGCUGGGACUACUGUGUCAGAGCCAAGAGAGGCCAGAUCGACACAGCACAGCCAGGGUGCUUCAGUAAAGACCAGGUCUACCUGGACGGCAUCCUGAAGAUCCUGCGAUACAGAGACAAGAUCAACUUCCCACUGCUGAUGGCUCUUGGAAAGGUCUCAUUCGAAGACUUGGACCGCCUGAAAGCCGUGGCUCAGAUGGAGAACGUCCGCAUCCCACACUUCAUGCAGGACCAGGGGAGGUACGCCGAGCAGCUGACCAAAAUCAUGGCGGUCAACCAGCUGACCGACGAGGAGCUGAAGACCAUCAUCUGAGCCUGCUCCGCUUCCUGCACGAACCUGAACCCAGACCUGAAUAAAAGCUGUCACCACACUGCCAGCCAUGACCUGUAAUCCCUCAACACCACCACCAUUCCGUGUGCAUGCUAGCCGAGUGUGCGACUUGUGCGGUGUGCUGUAUUGCAUGUGUAGUGCAGA